AUGAAAUCUUCAGUCCCCAUGAACCAAUACCCGGCGCCAGUCCAGUCCCCCGACAUGACUGGCCAGCCACCAGUUUACCACCAGGACCCGAACGCGCACCUGCAGCAGCAGUACCAACAGGGCCAGCCGCAACAACCCCAGCAAGCCUACGCCGCCCAAGGCCACCAGCAAUCCGGAUUGUCAGUCGGCCAGCAGCAGACUGGAACUGUGUACCAGAGCGCCACCCCGAUCGCGAACUUGGGACGCGGUCCUGCGCCCGCCGACUGCCCCGCCUGUGGACAGCGUGCGAUGACGAGCGUCUCGUAUGAAGUUGGCAACACCACCCAUGCGUGGGCUCUCGGUCUCUGCUGUAUUGUCUGCCUGGGCUGCAUUCCCUAUGUCAUGAACUCGCUCAAGGACGUCCAACACAAGUGCGGUCGUUGCGGUGUGCUGCUCGCUACCUGGCAUCGUAGCGGCACCACCGAGGUCCAUAUCCACUCUUAGACGACGACCAUCGACAGCCCUCUUGUAUGCGGGAAACCUCGGAAAAGAAUGCGGCGGGUAGAGUAGGAUUGGAUAGUUUGGAGCGAAGAAUGGAGAAAGUGGGGUUUGGAGGUGUCCAGAUGAAGAAGAGGUUUCACAUUCUUGAAAAGACGGCAGCACAUGGGUUGCAUUGCAUCGAUGCUGCGGAUGUUCUGGGCGGGCGUUUCGGUUCCGAAGUGCUUGCUUGCUUAUGAUACCUCUACCUUUGGGUUCCCUUGUGGACCCGACCUAAUCAACAACACGAUCUUUUGAUCUCCAUGCCCUUUUUGUGUGUCGUGAGCAU